GGAAAGAGAGGAAGAAGAAUGGAAAAAAGUAAAUAAAAAAGAGAGGAGUGGUGACAGACUGACUGUAGAAAGGAAGAGAGAAAGAAAGGAAAAAAAUAAAUGAGAAAAAAAGAGAAACAGGAAGGAGUCAAGGGUGCGAGUAGAGAAAGAGAAAAGAGCAAAGAAGAGAAGAGAAGAGAAGAGAAGAGAUGGUGAGAGAAAGAAGGGAGGAAAGCAAAAAGAAAAGGAAGAAAGGUAUAGUGACAAAAGAAGGAAGAGGGAGUACACGGGAGAUCAAAAGAUGGAUAGUGAUUGAAAGAUAGAAAAGAGAAAAUGAAGAGAAAAAUAGAUGAAAGAGGGCACAAGAGAUAAAGUAAGAGAAACAGGAUAAAGAGAGAGUAUGUGUGUGUGAAAGAGAGAGAGAUCUUUUUGUUUGUUUUUGUUUUUUUUGUGUGUGUGAGAGAGAGCGAGAGAGACUGUGUGUGUGUGUGUGAGAGAGAGAGAGAGAGCGAGAGAGAGAGAGAGAGAGAGAGAGAGAGACAGCAUGUGUGUGUUUGUGUGAGUGAGUGUGUGUGUGAACGAGAGAGAGAGAUUGUGUGUGUGUUAGUGUGUGUGUGAGCGAGAGAGACAGUGUGUGUGUGUGUGAGAGAGAGACGGUGUGUAUGUGUUUAUGUGUGUGUGAGAGAGAGAGAGAGAGAGAGAGAGAGACAGUGUGUGUGUGUGUGAGAGAGAGAGAGACAGUGUGUGUGUGUGUGUGUGUGUGAGCGAGAGAGACAGUGUGUGUGUGUGUAUGUGUGUGUGUGUCCUCGCAGUCUCCACUUUAACGUCACGCGCUGCGCCUCCCAAAACGAGCCACCUUCAGCGGAGCUGUUCACUCGCGCUCUCGCGCUCAGUCCGCGCGUGUACACGCACGCAUACACGCACUCUGUCGCGCGACACACCAUCUCUCUCUCUCUCUCUCACACACACACACACACACACACACACACGCGCGCGCGCGCGCGCGCACACACACACACACACUUACUGCCAAGCACUGAGCUUUGUCUCCUAGUGCUCACCAGAGAGAGUCGCGUGCAGGUCGCUGCGUCUCGCACGCGUUUUGGAAGAAAGCGGCGCGAGGAGGAUUCUGAGCCAAUCAAGAGCCGUCGCCCAUGACAACCCUCUAACCGUCUUCAGGAUUUUAAAAGAUUUCAAAAGUGAACCGUUAUUUAUUUAUUUUUUUUAAAACAACAACAACAACAACAACAACCAACGACAAAUUAGAGUUUUCUGAAAGACCGAGGUUCUCAACUUGGACAGCUCCCGUGGUACUGCAGCUCUGUGAGUGUGUGAGUGUGUGUGUGAGUGUGUGUGUAAAACAGAGACGGUGUGUAUCGGGCUAACGGUUUCCUGGGCUCGGUGUCAAAUCUUGGACUCGGCUAUCACUCCGGGAACAUCCGGGAACAUGGCCAGCCUUCUACAGGGGGAGAAGCAGCUCUUUGACAAGUUCUGGAGAGGAACGUUUAAAGCCGUGGCCACGCCCAGACCCGAGAGCGUCAUCAUCGCGAGCAUCACCGCGCGCAGAGAAGCCAACAGGUUGGGGACGUCAGUAUGUGUGGCAGCGAAACCCAGCGAGACCAAAUCAGAGAGAGAGGAGCGGGAAGUGAAGGAGACGGAGAAGAAGAGGCACAGGAAACACCGAGGGCGGAAACGUCACAGCCGCCGUCGCUGCCACAGUGUGUCGCUCGAUGCAGACUUUUCCCCAAGGCCAGUGGCCAAAGGGAAAAAGAAGAAGAAAAAGUCAGUGAGGAAGAGGAGGAGAGAAAGGUGUCACUCCUCCAGUCCGUCACCACUCCGCAAGAAAAAGAAGAAGAAGAAGAGCUCGAAGAAGAGGAAGCAACACAGGGCUGCCUCCAAGAAGAGAAGACACAGCUCCUCAAGCACCAGACGCAAACGGAAGGAAGAAAGAAAACAUAAAAAGAGAUGCCAUAGCGACUCUCAUCACAGACGCCGAUCACGGAGAGCAGACAGUUCUGACUGGAGAUCCUCCAGCACUGAGAGCAGAUGUGAAGACAGCAGUAAAUCAGGCUUUCAGCGCAGCAGCCAUGGUUCAGGAGAGCGUGGAGGGUUUGAAUGGUGUUCAGCGGUGAAGCUCGCCACUAAAAUCCCCUCCAAGUGCACAGUGGUACACUCGCGUCCUGGGCUUGAAACGUCCAUCGUCCAGGACUCGCCGUGUAUUCAGGGUAAAGGACGUGCGGAUUAUGAUUCAGGAAACGACACGUCCUCUCCGCCGUCGUCUAAAACCGGUGUCUCGAGGGCGCAGGUCACGGCGGACAGACAGGAGAAACUGAAAUUUAUGGACAAUUCGUCUGAUUCAGGAAACUCUCUGAGCAGCUACGAGUCUCUGAGUAAAGCCGAACACAGAGACAGACACAUUAACACGUCUGUUUUCAACAAGCUCAAAAGCGAAGAGUCGAGCAGCUGUGUUGGGUUCAUGAGUCACCGUUCUGUUAAAUAUCAGUAUCGCUCAGAAACUCGGUCUCGCAGCAGGAGUCGAUCGUCACGAAGUUCUCGCCACUGGGGACGUUAUAUAUCCAGGAGCAGGUCUCCAUCCUCCAGCCGCAGGUCGUAUUCCCGUUCGUCCAGUUACUCUUGUGAUUCGAGGAGAGGGAGUGUGUGUAGCGUGAGCAGUCGACGGAGUGGAAAACAUUCGAGAUACACACCGGACCGGAUCCGAGAGAGAAGAAGAAGCUCCAGCUUGUGUGAGAAGCCGUCAAAGCGAAGCAGGAAGCGCAGCAGGAGGAGAAUCUGUUCACCAAUGAGGAAAAGGAGAAGAGACUCACCCAGUCAUCUGGAGGCUCGCAGAAUUACCAGUGCGAGGAAGAGGCCGAUUCCCUAUUACCGCCCGAGUCCUUCCUCUUCCUCAAGCCGCUCGAGCAGCCUGUCCUCCUGGAGUCUGUUCUCCCUCAACCGCAGCCAAUCACGGAGCCUGAUUCACAGCCGCAGCAGGAGUCGCAGCCGCUCUUCAUACCGCAGUUACAGUCGCAGCUCGUCGCUGAGCUCCAUCUACAGCAGCAGGAGCUACGACUCGCUAGCCAGCUACAGCCGUGCUCGCCGCUAAUUUGCAGACAAGAAAAUGGAACUGGAUUUAUUUUUCCCUUAAAAUAGUGACACAUCAUGAAGACACAAGCUAGAAAGCUAAUAGAAACAAAAAAUAAAAACAUGGACAAGCACAAAUCCAAACACCUGAAUUUACACAGAAACAUGGAAAGAUAUUCCAAGCUAAAUCUGACACACAAGCUAGCUCCUGUUAGCAAAUUAUGACUAGCUAGCAGGAGCUAAGUACAUCUAUGUUAAUCGCGACGUUAAAUCCAACAAAGUAAUUCCAGCUAAAAUUACACUUAGCUAAGCGUAAAGAUAACACAAUGAGAUUUUACUCAAAAACAAGUAAACAAAAUAUUAAGACUAAGAACUAUAAGAAAAAAUUAUGCAGUGCAAAAUGCAGUGUAUUAAGUAAUGAUUAAGACUUGGCUAACAAGGAAGCAGACCAGGAGCUAGCUAAGGUUGAGGUUUAAUUUACGUAGUAAAUCUGAGGCACAGCAAGGGGUGUUAGCAAGCUAACAAGAGCGGCUUUUACUCAGAAAAUGUGAAAAGUUUAAUAGAAUGAAACUGUGAUUGGAUACGGGAUGCCAUGUGGUGAAAAAAUCACCUCAGAAAACUAUAAGACUGCGACAUUUCUGAAUUCUGUAUUUACUUGCAUUCAAAACGGUUAGCAGGCUAAAUGGGCUGGAUGCUACGUGCCGUGUGUGGGACGAAACACCAUUUUUGUUGUUUAGCCGUGCUACAGUGGUUAAACCAACACACGCUGCAGUGUCACUUCAGCUUAGUAACCUUGAGUUAAGUACAAUUUCACGCCUGAUGUGUGAAUCCUUUUUAUCCGACCUGCCGUCACUUUCUCUCUUUUUUUUCCUUUUAAGAAAUGUGUCAAAAUCGCUCGAGGACAGAGAUGUAUGGCCUCUAUAACAGAUUUUACUGCACGCCGGGAUUUUUUGACACCUGCAUCACAUUUUCUUCCCUUUGAAAAAUGUGCCAUGCUGCCAAACACACGCUCCAUCAGCUCAAAUGCCAGCCGUAUUUAUCUUCCACCCGAGUGCAAAACAAUUCAAAUGCCAAUGGCCGUUACAGCGACGCCGCUUCUAACGCCGCUAAUGACAGACGAUCUGAAUGUGACAGAAGCCCAUCUGUCUGCUCUAAAGCGCUUAUUGGAUUUUAUGAGAAAAUAAAUUAAUUUUGUAUAUCUACAAUGUAAGACCGCUAAAUACUGAAUAAUUUAUCAUGCAGAGUGGAAUUCACGUAGAUGUACACACAGGGCUGUAUUCAGAGUUGCUGACUUAAGUUCAAAAAGUUGUGCGUUUUAUAUAUAUAUAUAAAUCCAUGAGAGACUAAAUCGAGGACAUGAAACUGGAAUGUGCUAUUUUAUCAUGCUUCUCAUUCACUAUUUUGAUUUAUCGAAUUAAUCAAACAAAGCCAGUGUGUUUGUUCAUCUGAUGCUGCGCUCUCGUACGGAAAUCAAGAAUACGCUGACCAUGCACUUAUUUGCUCAACUUUAUCCAAAGAAAUGAGUGUAUUUACAGCCAAAACAUAGUUACUUCAAACUGUCAGACAGUGGCGCUGGACUUGGUACUGCUCCUCGCUCGAGCUGAUAUCACGCAAGAAAAUAAUGCAUCUAAGCUCAAAGUCAGAAUCUGUGUCAGUCAAACUCCGCCCUGCGUGUGUAUCUCUCACGUAACUCCUGCACGUACAUCUAGAGUUGCGUCUAAGGUUUGUGAAUUUUGGAAACAAAUUCUUAACAAACGUUAACUAGCUACGUUAGCUUGCUAAACAGUCCAAUAUCAGACUGUUUAUUUCAUAAUGCUCUGCUAAUCUAGUGCAUAUGAUGUGUUAUUUUAUUAAGCAAAUGGAGUUUACUUUCGUAGUUAAUUAACUUUAAAAUUAACUUUUUUUUAAAUAGUGCUGUUUAGUCCUAUGACUAGCUAGAAGGAAAUAUGACUAGACUAGCUAGCCAACCCCUUGUGGGUGUGCUAAAAGCUUAUAAGACUACACAGAAACAAUAACAAAUGAAUAAAACUAAAACAGAGGUUGGCAAAGGCUACAAUGAAAGCUAGCUAACAAGACUAAAUUUAACUAACGCUAAAAGGAGUUUAGCUAUACCUAGGUGAGGUAGCAAGCUAAGACUAGAGUUUACUCAGAAAUAAAAGCAUGGAUGGUUAAACGUAGGUCAGCAAGCUGAAAAAAUCUUACAGAUUUCAUUCAAGCUUGAGCUUGUAGCACCUAAUUAGCUCAGCUGACUCUAAAUGUAGCAUUUAUUAAACAAUUUCAGCUUGAUUUUCUUAAAAAUAUGUCCUCGUUCAAACAUUGCUUAAUAUAAACCGAAGUGAACAAGCUAAAAUAAAAGGGUUUAGCUAAACCUAGGUUAGCAUGCAAGCCAAGACUAGAGUUUACUGAGACAUUAAACUGUGGUUGGUUAAACUUAGAUGAGCAUGCCAGCUAUCAGGACUGAAGCUGGGUUGAAAACAGCACAAAAAAUUAAAUUAAAUUUAAAUUAAUUUAAAAUAAAAUAGAACUAAGGUUAGCUAAACCUAGGUAACUAAGCUAGCAAGACAGAAUGUAUUUUAUACUAAAAUAAGAAAAGAUCAACAAAAGAUCAGUCGCUAGCUAUAGCCAAGACUGCCGCAAAAUUUACAAACCAAAUCUGUGGCAAAACUAGGCGUAAGAAAUUGUAAAAGAGAAACGUAUAAUUUAUUAAGAAAUAUUUAAUCUAAUGUCUAUGGCUUGAAUAUGUACAUCUAUAGCAGCUCAUCACAAAUUAAAUCGCAAUUAAUCACAAAGAGAAAAGCACUGGAAUAUUUUGUGAAUUAAUGAUGGAUUUUUUUUUUUUAAUUUAUUUAUAAAUGUUAUCUCUCACAUCAUUUCACAUUCCACGGUUUAUGAAAUAUUGUAUUUUUUAUUUAUUUAUUUAUUAUUUAAUUAACUUUUCAUAUUUAUUUGGUUCUUUGUCAGAACACGAAAAGCAGCCAGGUACUUGUUUUGAUAUUUGUUGUAUUUAUUACUUUUUAUAAUUUAGUAAUCAGUAGGUAUACUUAAUAUUUCCUGUGUGUAGUGAAGAAAGUGUUUGUCAAUUUUUUAAUUAUUAUUUAAUUUUUUAAAAUCAAUUUCCACCCCCCCCCCCCCUACCCCCCCAUACCUUUUUGGUUCAUGAAUAAUGAUAAUGUACAUGAUAUGAUGGAAACGUGUACCGUUCAUACAGUUACAAAUUACACACACUGAAAAAUAUAUAAAGCAGCUUAAAGGAAGCUUGAGGAAUUAGAAAGACAUCAAGUUUGCUUAUCUCAAAGCUACACAUAAGAAAUUGUAAAAAAAAAAAUAUGCAUUUUAUUAAAAAUAAUUAAUGUAUAAUAAGGUACGAUUCUGAAACGAAUUUUAAAAAGGUAUCGAAGCCAACAGCAGUCUUUGGCUGAUGUUCACAUGUGAGGAAAAACAUGGUAAAGAUUAAAGAUACGUUUCCAGCUUUAAUUUAAUUUUUGAUAUUUUGAAUAAUUUCAGCUUUCUUCUUUUUAAAAAUAUAAUGGGUAAAAUUAUGAAAGUUGUUUAGCAUAUAGGUCAGGCUACACCACUCAAUUUCCAUUUUUAAACAGCUGUUACACAUGAGGAUCUGUAAAUCUGUCAUGUACAUAUGCAGAGGAUUAAUAUGACUGAAGUACGCAUGUGUGUAAUUUAUUGAAAAGGAAGUGGGUUUGUAAAGAAAUUGCCGACUCUGGCUGUUAUAAAGAUACAGGAUAUUUAUGAUGUCAAACUAUAUGUAAUAUAUUACAAAAAAAAACACUGGAAUUUCAUGAGAAAUGAAUAAUGUUACACCAGCGUUGUCUGUAAAGCCUGACAUUUCUCAAUUGCCAUUUCAUGGAGAACCAAACACGAAGUUCUCCAGUUCUUUAUCAGGCAUUGUGAAGGUCCGUGUAUAAUAUUGUACAGUGCAUCAUUUUAUUCAUCUUCCAUUUAAGUCAACUGAACAAACAGUUUCAGCACGGCAAGACACGUGUCUAGAGUUAAUGAAGUCUUACUUAGCACUUCAUUAGUGUCAGACAUGGUUAAAAAAAAAAAGUAUCUGUUUAGAGUUCAUUUAAAUAGAUUUUAAUAAAUGUCCCAAAUGCUAGAAUUCUUCUCUAUUUAACAUUCUUAUUAGAAUGACCAUUUUAAUAAACACCUCAAAUGCUACAAUUCUUCACUACCUAGCAUUCUUACUAGAACAUCGGCCAUUUUAAUAAACUUCCCAAAUCCUAGAAUUCUUCUCUAUGUAGCAAUAUUACUAGAACGUUGGCCAAAACAUGUCCCAAAUACUAGAGUUCUUCAAUACCUGGCAUUCUUACUAGAACAGUGGCCAUUUUAAUAAAUAACCCAAAUGCUAGAAUUCUUCUCUUCUUAGCGUUCUUACUAGAAUGUUGGCCAUUUUAUUAAACGUCCCAAAUGCUAGAGUGUUUUACUGCCUAGCAUCUUUUACUAGAAACUUGACCAACAUCCCUAACUUUAAUAAAUGCUAGAGAUGUUUAUUUUUAAAAAAUCCCUAACUUUAGAAUCCUUCUUUAUGUAGUGUUCUUACUAGAAUGUCAGCCAUUUUAAUGAACUUCCCAAAUGCUACGAUUCUUCACUACCUAGCAUUCCUACUAGCAUGUCGGCCAUUUUAAUAAACGACCCAAACACUAGAACUCUUCUCUACUUGGUGUUCUUACUAGAGUGUCAGCCAUUUUAAUAAACUUCCCAAUGGCUAGAGUUCUUCACUCUCUUGCAUUAUUACUAGUUACUGUUCUCUAUGUAGCACUUUUACUAGAACAUUGGCCAUUUUAAUAAAUGUCUCAAACAGUAGAGUUCUUCACUGCCUAGUGUUCCUACUAGAAUGUCAGCCAUUUUAAAAAAUAUCCCAUACGCUACACAGAAUCCAUUCUAACAAGACAUCUUUAUAACAUCUUGAUAACUAUUCUUUUAUUUUCUGGUAUUUUUUAUCAUCAAUAUCAUUAAAACCUCAGUAUCAUUGCAGUGUUAUUGUCAGUGGAUAAGGAAUAGCGAAUCAGUUUGAAAUGAAGUAACGUGUACUAGCACUCAGGUGUUUAGUGUCACUCAAGCGUGAUCAUGAGUUCACCUUGUUUACGAGAAAAUUCCAUAAAUAUUCUGCUAAAACUGACGUUUUAGUAUCAAACUUUGAAACCCUUGGCGGUUUAAUUCGAUGCUAAUGCUAAUCAUAUUUACAGUGUCAUUUUAGCUGUAUGGAGUCUUUUUUUUUAGUAAUUUUCCAGCACUUCUGAGGGAAAUGUUGAUAUUCCAGACAGUUUGGUCUCAUUUUUACUGUCACCUCCCCUUCACAUUGUCUGUAUCACAGACUUACAGACUUUGUGCUCUGUGGUAAAUUGUUAGCUGCAAUCAUUAGCUAGUAAUCAUAGUUCCUGGUUGCCUAGCAACAGUGCUCUAUACACGUAGCAUGUUACCUAUACCUAUACAUAUGCUAACUUUAAAUUAGCCAGUAGAGAGUAAAUAAGCCAGAGUAUUACAAUGUCCUUAUAUCUUUUAUAUACAGUACACCACAUUUUUUUCUCAAAAGACAGUCACUUGUUAGAAUGCAUUCUUGUAUCUUCUACUGUUUGGGAUACGUCCCGUCACUUCCUGUCAACUGUCAAAGUCUAAAAAAACUGCCAAAUUACAUCAAAUUACAUUCAGAAGUGUGGUUGGGACAACAUGUGUAUAUUAAAGUAGGUCUCAGAAACCCAUUUUCCUCUGUAUUAUAUGCAAAAUAUUGUGUGACACAGAGAGUGUGUGUGUGUGUGCUUGUGUGUGUGUGUCCUAGAAUACGAAUGUGUCCCCUUUUGCUAGGUCUAGUCUUCCUCUGUUGUCUGAGUCCAUGUAGAAAAUAUAGAAUAAAUAAAGAGACUUGUUUAAACCUUA